AUGGCUUUCACGGGUUCUAUUCCGAUCGAUGAGGAGGGAGUUCUCUAUUGCCCGAUUUCGUCCUAUGCCUCUGAUCCCAUUAGAGAGAAGAAGUUGGAGCUCGCAGAACAGGAGAUCAAAUCACUAAAGGAGGAUAAUUGCAUUCUAAAGGAAGCCUCCAACAGCUUCUAUGAAAUGUUUGCGAUACUCGGGGCUACGAAUCCAAUGAUUGCAGAGAUGAUGAGAAAGAAGAGGGAAACAGCAACGACAAGAGGAGAAGGAACAUCCGGAACAUCGAACUAUUUUGUUUCGGGAUUAUUUGAUAUGAACUCGCAUUGA